AUGACCUCAGUGCACUCCAAACAGACAUUCCAAUGUGAGGAAGUAGAAGAUGAGGAUGACCUGAUUGCCAUUUGCAGAGUGCAUUGGCAAGAAAAUGACUAUCCUCAGCCUGGCAUACUUGAGGAAAUUACAGACUUACAAGAAGCCACUGUCUCUCAUGACUGUUGUGGUGCCCACGAGAUAGUUGAUGAUUUCAUCAAUGAUGACGAAAUGGAUGCUGAAUAUAACGAGAAUAAUGAAGGAAGUGAAGGACUCAAGAAGCACCAUUACCAUUUUGAGUUGAGAAAGCUACCCACCAUUGAGGAAGCUCACAAAGCUCUUGACAGCUUGCAACAACUGCCCAAGCCACCACGGAAAGAUCAAACUGGGUAUAAAGACCCCAAACUGCCCCCUGUGCUGAAAGAGAAGCUGUUACAUGAAAAACUUCCUAUGUGGAUGUUAGCAAGGAUGGGAGGACUCACCCAGAAAAUCCUGUUGGGGGACAGUGGCAACAUGCUGCUGAUAGAGCUGCAUGAGAUGCAUGAGGAGGAAAGAGUACCAAGGGAGAUUAUAUGUCUCGCUGUCUUUGGCACUGGUCAAAGGUGUAUAUUAGCAAUUGAAAAGCAUUACUGA